AUGCAGGAUGUCCGCUCGACGCGCCAGUCGUCAGCUACAACCACACGAUCGUCCUCGCCGUCCUCGACAAGCCGGCUCCUGCCUCUCCACUCGAGGCUCCCUUCUUCCGCCCUCGCUUCCGCCUCAUCCUCCCUCUCACCCUCGCCGCACGCCUCGUACGAUGUCUCGCCCGACCCGAACGCAUUGACAGGUGCAGAUCUCGAUGAUGACGAGGAGAUCGAGCGGACAAUCGCGUAUCUUGAGGCGUCGACGACGGCACGGAGUAGCGGUCCUUCAGGACUCGCACUCUUCCUGCGGCGGCUGUCUGUGCGGAACCUGAGCCGAAGAGCGGUGCUAGUAGCACUGGUGGGCGUGGCGGCUCUCCUAAGGCUGGCGGGAGCAGCGCGAACGGACGAGGCGGGCGAACGGAUAGGCUGGAAUAGCGUUGGGCGGGCGAGGGAGGUGCUCGGAGGUCUGGCGCGGACGCCGAGUGGGCUCAAGAGCGCUGUCUACGAUCGGUGGAGCGCGUUGAAGUGGAGUCGACUCGGCGCGGCGGAGGAGGACAUGCUGUUCGACGACCUGGACUUGUCGCAGCUCCUCAACUACGACGGGCCGGCGGCGACAUUGAAGGAGCAGCUGAAGGACGGCAUUCGCUACGUGACAGCGUCCGCUUACGGAGGUCAUGCGAACCAGAUGAUUGGCAUCCAGAAGCUGCUGUACUUUGCGAAGCUGACGAACCGGGUCGCGAUCAUCCCGACUCUCUGGCCUAUCCACAUCGACGGCGCGCAACCCGCCAACAUCAGCGACUUCUACGACCUCGACCGUUUCUGGCACGAGUCGCACAUCGCCGCCGUGGAGAUGUCGCGGAUCAAAGCCCCGGACCUUUCGGGCUCGCUCCCGCAGAACGAGAACCUCUCCUGCUGGUCCAUACAAGAAGCGACCGUCGGCUUCCCCAACCUCGCCUCCUGGUCGUUCGACUUCCACGACAUCUGGGUCAAUUACUGGCCACUCCCGCCUCUCGCUCGCAGUCUCGGCGGCUUCGACAUUGCCUUCGACGCCCUCCGAGUGUUCGACUUUGACGAAGCGAACCGCCGAGAAUGGGUCGCCAAGGUCGAACGCGAGCAUCUUCCGCAACGACCGCUUCCUGAAGGCGUGAAGGAGUUCAAGGGCAACACGCUCGACAACUUCAAGGAGGGGAUGAACACGAGUGUGACGGACCCGCCCGAUGAUCAGAUCAUGUGCUUCGACAAUACGCUCUUCAUGGGUCCGAUCAUGUUCCCCGAGCUGCCUGUCUCCGCGACACCCCUCGAGCCCGGCGCGCCUGGCGAAGGACUCUCUUGGGCGAACGUCGGCCGGUACAUGCACUUCAACUCGCGCGUCGAGGAGAUAGUCGACGACUACCUCAUGCGGCUCUUCGACGUCUCGAAGCCGUCGAAGGUCCCGCCGUUCAUCAGCAUCCAUCUUCGUCGCGGCGACUUCCUCCAGUUCCGCGGCGCCUACACCGACCUGGAUAACUACAAGGUCGCACUGGGUCGCGUCCAGGCCGCCUUGCAAGCACGCCUCGACGACCCUGACGGCUGGACUGGACCGGGCAAGUCGGCUUUCCGCUCGUUCGGCAUCAAGGCGAAGGACUACGCCGUUGUCUGCACGACGGACGAGAAAGGCGACUCAGAUUUCGUCAAGGAGGUCAGGGGGCUCGGGUGGAAGGUUAUCGACCACGACGCUUGCGAGACCAAGGAGAAGUACGGAGCGUGGUGGCCGACCAUCAUUGAUAGCGCCGUCCUCGCCCGCGGUCGCAGCUUCGUCGGCACCGACCGCUCGACGUACUCGCACCUUGCCGGCUUGCGGGUCAAGUACUGGCAAGGCGGCCUCGUCGAGCUUACGGAGGAGGUAUAG